UCUGCUUCAUUCUCUUCUCUCCAUCCAGAGCAGGCAGACUUCUCCACCAUGACCACCUACAUUCGCUCCAGUGGCCGUAUCACCUCCAUGAGGGCACCCAGUGUGUAUGCCGGUGCUGGAGGCAGUGGAGUCCGCAUCUCCACCACAAGUGCUCCCAGAAUCUUCUCCUCUGCUGGUGCAGGGUUUUCUGCUGCUGGUGCAGGAGCUGGUGCUGGGGCUGGUGCCAGUUUCAACCUGUCUGAUGCCCUCUGUGACAACAAGAAAGCGGCCAUGCAGAACCUGAACGACCGCCUUGCCACCUACCUGGACAAAGUACGCAGCCUGGAGAAAGCCAAUGCUGAGCUGGAGCUGAAGAUCAGGCAGUUCCUGGAGAACAAGACCAAACCUGAGGGCCACGACUGUGCCGCAUUCAAGGUCACCAUCAGCGAACUCCAGGAUCAGAUCCUCCUUGCCACUCGUAAUAAUGGAUCCCUCUACUUGGCCAUUGAUAACGCUAAGCUGGCUUCUGAUGACUUCAGGGUCAAGUAUGAGAACGAGCUGGCCAUGCGUCAAUCAGUGGAGGCUGACAUUGCUGGGCUGAAGAGGGUCCUGGAUGAGCUGACUCUGGGAAGAUCUGACCUGGAGAUGCAGAUCGAAUCACUGAGGGAGGAACUCAUCCAGCUCAAGAGGAACCAUGAGGAGGACCUACUGGCUCUGCGGGCCCAGAUGGGAGGUCAAGUGAACGUGGAGGUGGACGCCGCUCCUCAGCAGGACCUGUCUGCUGUCAUGGCUGGAAUCAGAGAACACUACGAGACCGUUGCUAACAAGAACCGCAGAGACCUGGAGGUCUGGUUCCAGGCCAAGACUGAUGCGCUCAACAAGGAGGUCGCCGUAAGCACAGAGAGUCUUCAGUCAACACGUUCUGAGGUCACAGAGGUCAAACGCUCACUGCAGGGCCUAGAAAUUGAGCUACAAGCACAGCUCAGCAUGAAAGCGUCUUUGGAAGGAACCCUCGCUGAUACCCAGAACCGUUAUGCCAACAUGCUGGCAGGUUACCAGAGACAGGUCUCUGCUCUGGAGGCCCAGCUGGCUCAGCUGAGGGCAGAUCUGGAGCGCCAGGGACAAGAGUACCAGGUGCUGCUGGACACCAAGACCAGACUGGAGAUGGAGAUCACUGAGUACAGAAGGCUGCUGGAUGGGGAGAUGUUCAGCCCAUCAAACACCAAAGUUCUGAUCAUCACCAAAGACAUUGGUGACGAAGAGGACGUCAGCACCGAAACUCAGGAGUGAGACAACAAACAUCUGUCACCACGCUGCCAACCGUUCUCAGAAUACACAAAUAAAAGACUUCUGAUGAACUGAAA